CCGUGUUCACCUAGAGAGCUGCCGAUGACAAUGUCAAGUUUAGUACGACCGGCACUACGUGCACAGGCACUCAGUCCCAAUGUGUUUGCGGCCUUCUCUGCGUUAGCGUUGAAACACGGCAGUGUCAAUCUCGGACAGGGCUUCCCGACGUUCCCGGCACCUGACUUUCUGAAAGACGCUGUGUGUGAGGCUAUACACGCCAAUAACAACCAGUAUGGACGGCCCGGGGGCCACCCUGAGCUAGUGGGUGUCAUCGGUACUCAGUACUCUGAACAGCUCGCUCGAAAGAUCGAUGGUAUGACUAAUGUCUGUACGUACAGCGGUGCACAAGAGGGCAUCGCAGCGGCUGCCAUGGCCUUUGUGAAUCCCGGGGAUGAGGUGGUGGUUAUCGAGCCCUAUUUUGACGCGUACGUCAAUGCGGUAAAACUAGCCGGUGGCAAAGUUAUCGGUGUUCCCUUGAGGACACCUGAGGGUGCGACAGUCACCAACUCCAGUGACUAUACCCUGGACCCAGCCGAACUAGACCGAGCUAUAACCCCCAACACGAAGAUGUUGAUACUCAACACACCCCAUAACCCGACAGGCAAGGUAUUCAGCAAAUCAGAGCUCGUGGAGGUGAGCGAUGUAGUGGCGAGGCAUCCCGAUUUAAUUGUGCUUUCAGAUGAAGUCUACGAACAUUCAGUGUACGAUGACACGGAACACAUAGCGUUUGCCACAAUCAAUGACAUGUGGAAACGCACAAUAUCCUUGUACAGUGUGGGCAAAACGUUCAGCGUCACUGGCUUUCGAUUGGGGUACUCUAUAGCUCCCGAAGAAUUGUCUCGAGAGCUCCUGAAAAUCCGCGCAGCCCUGUCGUUCUCGAGUGUUACGCCCAUCGAGAUCGGAACGGCCAAGGCAAUCGCUGCAUGCAGGUCCAACAAUUACUAUCAAGACUUCCGAACGAUGAUGCAAGCGAAAAGAGACGUUCUGGUGGCGGCGAUGACACAGGCGGGCAUCCCUCCUGUAGUGCCUCAGGGAGGAUACUUCACCGUGGGAGACACUAGCGGGCCCUUGGUUGGUGCUGUACCCCGACUUUCAGAAGAUGAUACAGCAGAACAAGCGCUAUUAGAAAGGAGGGACUUCAGAGUUGCACGCUGGCUAACGACUGAAGCGAACAUUACCGGGAUACCGAUGUCAUGUUUCUACGAACCCCACAACCGCUACUUGGCCAACGACGUCAUCAGGUUCUGCCAUGCUAAGGAUGAUGACACAAUGUUGGCAGCUAGGUCUAAUUUUCAAAAAUUUGCGAAACAGUUAUCGUAAACAUACCAUGAAUAGCAUUUGAGGUUUGAAUAAACUCGAAGCAAAU